GUAUUUAGCGAAGUCUGGGCAAGGAUAUCUGUUUCUUUCAUGCGUAAUAUCUUAUCGCACAGAACUGUCAUCAUGAAAGCAAUAAGUCCUGUGCGGUCUAUGAGAAACAACAUCACCAACUCGUCGGAACAUGCCCUCGGCAUCGCCCGGAGCAAAAGCCCGAUGGAUGAUCCUCUGAGUCUGAUGUACAAUAUGAACGACUGCUACACCAAGCUGAAAGAACUCGUGCCCAGCCUCCCGCAGAACAAGAACGUUAGUAAAAUUGAGAUAUUGCAGCAUGUUAUAGACUAUAUAUUAGACCUUCAGAUUGCACUGGACUCUAGCUCAAUCAUCUCCAGCUGCCAACAUCAGCAGCAGCGACCGGGACAGCCAGCAUCACCCAGGAACCCCUUAGCAACCAUCAACUCCGACAUCAGCCUCCUCACCUUUCAGUCAAAUGACCAGCUCCCCAAAGAGACAGAGACUGAUGACAGCUAAACUCUCCCUCUGACUGGUCUAUUACAGGUGUGUUUUAAACAGGACCCCAUGUUCACCUCCACUGGCUGGCUGGAUUUCCUCUUGACUUAAGUUUAUACUUUUUCCUAAAAGGAGAUACAAGUAUGUGUUUUAUAGUUUUUAUUUAUCUACUGGCCUUUUAUUUUUUUCUUUCAACGGAAGAAUGAUAUCUCACCGACAAUGGAAACACAAGGACAGAAUAACUGACUGAAAAGAUAGUAUUGAAACGAGAUUUCUUUCGACGACAGGAUUCUGCCUUUUCCUGGGCAGGUGGCGCAUGAAACACAGGAGAACUCUCUAAAUGUUUGCUGUUUCUUACAGACGGACUAAUGGACACUCACUGUAUAUAAAUGUUAAGACAAAAAUCAUGCCUGUAUAGUAUCAGAUUGGUUGCAGAGAAUAUAAUGAGGAAUGUUGUAAAUUGCACUUUUAUACAAUAAUAAAUUAGAUUCCUUAUACUGUA